CACUCACACUCUCAGUCAGAGCGCGGCGUUGACAGCCACUGAUCAACCCACUUUGUCGGGGUUUGUGUCUCCAUGCAAGACUGCUGAAAAGAGAAACUCUGACUUUUUUUCUUUUUAUUCUUGCAAAGCAAAUCGUACACUUCCCGCCCGGAGAAACCGUCCACGGCUGCAGAAUUCUCUAAAGAAAAAAAAAGAAGAAAAAAAAGAAAGAAGUAAAAACAAGCAAACAAAAGAAAACCUUUUAAAGUUAAUUUUUUUUUUCUAGAAUCCCCCCACCGUCUCUGCACAACAAUGUCUGGAGAGGACGCACCUGCUCAGCAGCAAAACGCCGUGGACCAGAAGCAGGAGACCAAGCCCGCCGAGGAGCCCAAAGCCGAGCCGCCCAAGACGGAGUCCGCGGAGGCAGCGGCCACCCCGGCGGCGACCACCGAGAAGGCCCCCGAGGAGGAGACGUUCACCUACCGCGCUCUGGUGCUCACCGGCUACGGAGGCUAUGAUAAAGUCAAGCUGCAGGUGAAGAAGGGCAAGCCGGCGCUCAAAGCCGGCGAGGUGCUCGUCCGGGUCAAGGUCUGCGGGCUCAACUUCGCCGACCUGAUGGCCAGACAGGGUCUCUACGACCGGCUGCCGUCCCCGCCGGUCACCCCGGGAAUGGAGUGCUCCGGGGUGGUGGAGGCUGUGGGGGAAGAAGUGACUGACAGAAAAGUUGGUGACAAGGUGAUGGUGCUGAACCGCUUUGGGCUGUGGCAGGAGGUGGCUGUGGUUCCAGCCAGCCACACCUUCCUCAUCCCAGACGGGAUGAGUUUCGAGGAGGCAGCUGCCCUCCCAGUCAACUACAUCACCGCCUACCUGAUGCUGUUUGACUUUGGCAACCUGCGGCCGAACCAGAGCGUCCUGGUCCAUGCUGCUGCAGGUGGCGUCGGCAUCGCAGCCACUCAGCUGUGCAAGACUGUGAAAGAUGUGACCGUGUUCGGCACCGCGUCAGCAAGCAAACAUGAGGCCAUCAGUCAGGGUGGGGUCACGCAUGCCAUCGACUAUCGCACCAAGGACUACGUGGAGGAAGUUCGCAAGAUCAGUCCAAAAGGGCUGGACAUCAUCCUCGACCCACUCGGAGGAUCAGACACCCACAAGGCCUACAAUCUGCUGAAGCCUAUGGGAAAGCUCAUCACCUAUGGUGCGGCCAACAUGUUGGCGGGUCAGAGGAAGAACCUGAUCGCCGUGGCUAAGAACUGGUACCACCAGUUCUCCAUCCACACGCUCAGCCUUAUUCAAGGCAACAAGUCGGUGUGUGGGUUUCACCUGGGCUACCUGGACGGGGAGAUGGAGCUCAUCACUGAGGCCAUGAACACCAUCCUGGAUCUGUACAAGCAGGGCAAAGUCAAACCACGCAUCGACUCCACCUGGCAUCUUGAGCAGGUUGGCGAUGCCAUGAGAAAGAUGCAGGAGAGGAACAACAUCGGCAAAGUGAUCCUCACCACCGAGCCCAUGCCGGAGGAGGAGAAGAAGGAAGAGGCCAAGAAGGAGGACAAGAAAGAGGACAAGAAGAAGGAGGAUAAGAAGAAGGACGACAAGAAGAAGGACGAUGGAAAGAAGGAGGAGAAGAAGGAUGACAAGAAGAAGGAGGAGCCUAAGAAAGAGGAGAAGAAGGAAGAGCCCAAGAAGGAGGAGGAGAAGAAUGAAGAGGCCAAGAAGGAGGAGAAGUGAGAGGGAAAGAUGGAUAGUCAAGCAGACCAGCAGCAGGGAGUUUGUGUCCUGGGAGCAGGGGAGGUGGCAGGGAUGAGCUUGGUGGUGGAGCUGUGGGGGGAUGGGGGCGGAGUGGUAGCAAAGAUGGGAAGGAGUUGGGAUAAAUUGGAAAUUAUCACACCAGUCUCAGUCUUUUACCUCCCUUCUGCCUCACCUACUGGGUGAUUUACUCAGGCAUGGCUGCUCCCACCUCCCGUUUCCUCUUCUGUUCCUCAUAUUUACCUCUUUAAAAAAAAA